UUUCAGUUAACGUCAUUACAUGUAGGAAGAAGAGGGAAGACACGGCUGUAGGCAAAAUGAUCGGAGAUCUUCUCAUUUUUGGCACUCUGUUAGUGAACGCUGGAGCCGUAUUAAACUUCAAACUGAAAAAGAAAGAGUCGCAGUCACAUGGGUUUGGAGAUGAAACGGGCAGAUCUAGUACAGGUGAUAACAUCAGAGAGUUCCUACUGAGCCUGAGGUACUUCCGUAUAUUCAUAGCUCUGUGGAACAUCUUCAUAAUGUUCUGCAUGAUCUUGUUAUUUGGAUCAUAACACACUACUGUGCCAUGCCAGACCUGAGACCAGUUUGAACAUAAAGGACUAUCCUCAGCCCCCUUUUUUUCUCUUUUUUUGUUUUGUUUUAAGGCAGGUGUUGGUGGGGUGGGUGUUGGUUUGUGGUGUUGGGUUAAACCUUUCCAAAAAGCACCAAGAACUGAGCAAAACAUUUGUCAGUCAUUUCUUACAUUUUACUUUCUGUCCCAGACAGUAAGACAGUCUUACAGGUCAAGUGUUUGGGACUCACACUGAUCACACUCUUUUUGUCAAUGUAAAAGUCAAACUGCCAUCUCAUCUAGAUUUGCAUGUCAGUUGAUGUGCUUGUGUUUGCAGGCCGAAGUGUUUGUGAAUAUUUGCUGCACACUUUAUUACCUAUGGAUUAAUGCAGCAGUGCAGUAAUAUAAAUUGUUGAGUUUACUCCAUUAAUUUAUGCUUUCAGUAAAUCUAAAGUUUCUCAAAAUGUUAUUUCCUGUUAACUUAGUGAGGGUAGUAGUUAAAUGUGUAAAUGAUAUCAAGAUUUUUUUUUAUAAAAUGAGACAUUUUUAACAAGUGAUGAAGUGGGCUUAAUUUUGUUUUCUUUUUGAACAAAUUCUUUCACAGUCGUCCUAAAAUGCAUAGGCCAUUGCUUUAAAUGGAUGUUUUAAGUGCAUUUUAGUCAGUUCAGAAGAAUUUUGUAAAGUUUACAGAUAACUUCACUUUUUCUUCCUUGGGAAUUAAACAAUUACCUGUAUUAAAUGUGACUUGCAUUACCUCAGCUCAUGCUAACAGGUCACUUAUCAAAAAAAAAUAAAGUAAAAAAACUGAACAUAAAUAAUGUGUUAUUAGAGUUUUGAAAUUGAACAAAUGACAUUUUAAGGUAUUGAGUGUGCUAAGCACAAAGGUAAGAUGGAAAUGAUUUGUCUAUUGUAUUUUAUUUCAGAGGGGCUUUUCCAGUUCUCUGCAGUAGUCCCAUUGUCCCAUCUCAUAGAUUAAGACAUCCCAGGAAGGGAUAAAUGUCCAAUGUAAUGUUUUCCAAAAAAGCAAAACAUUAAAAUAAAAAUGACUGCUUCAUUAAACAAAACGUAAAGCUUAAAA